AGCCUCACUUUGAAACUAGUUGGCGGGAGUUGCCAAGGGGCCUUGCCCGGUGAUAGAACCUUGCUUCCGGGGUGGACUGCGAUGGAGCCCACCUUGGGCGGUGAGAUGAAGAGUGGAGCUGGAGCGGCAACCGGAGAGUGCGUGAAUAGGAUCCCGGUGCCCAGACCCCCCUCCAUUGAGGAGUUCACCAUAGUGAAGCCUAUUAGCCGCGGCGCCUUUGGGAAGGUGUAUCUGGGGCAGAAAGGCAACAGGUUGUAUGCGGUGAAGGUUGUCAAAAAGGCAGACAUGAUCAACAAAAAUAUGACUCAUCAAGUACAAGCUGAGAGGGACGCACUGGCCCUAAGCAAAAGUCCUUUCAUUGUCCAUUUGUACUAUUCCCUGCAGUCAGCAAACAAUGUCUACUUGGUAAUGGAAUAUCUCAUUGGUGGAGAUGUCAAGUCCCUUCUACAUAUCUAUGGCUAUUUUGAUGAAGAGAUGGCCGUGAAAUAUAUAUCUGAAGUUGCAUUGGCUCUAGACUACCUUCAUAGACAUGGAAUCAUUCACAGGGAUUUGAAGCCAGACAAUAUGCUUAUUUCUAAUGAAGGUCAUAUUAAACUAACAGAUUUUGGCCUUUCCAAAGUUACUUUAAAUAGAGAUAUCAACAUGAUGGAUAUUCUUACAACACCAUCCAUGGUGAAACCUAGACAGGAUUAUUCAAGAACCCCAGGACAAGUAUUAUCUCUCAUCAGCUCUUUGGGAUUUCAGACACCAGUUGUAGAAGAAAAUCGUGACUCUGCAAGUGUUCUUUCGACUCAUGUAUCUGAAACAUCACCACUUUCUCAAGGACUAACUUGUCCUAUGUCCAUAGAUCAAAAGGACAUUACUCCUUAUUCUAGCAAGCUACUAAAAUCAUGUCCUGAAAUGGUUGCCUCCCACCCCCGGAUGCCCGUGAAGUGUCUAACUUCCCACCUCCUCCAGUCUAGGAAGAGGCUGGCAACAUCCAGCACCAGCAGUCCGUCCCAUACCUUCAUAUCCAGCGUGGAAUCCGAGUGCCACAGCAGUCCCAAAUGGGAAAAGGAUUGCCAGGAAAGUGACGAUGCAGCAGGCUCCACAAUGAUGAGUUGGAAUACAGUUGAAAAGCCUUUAUGCACAAAAUCUAUAGAUGCCAUGGAGACCAAAAGUUUCAGUGAAAGGAAUCUUGAGUUAGCUCUUUCUCCCAUUCAUGGCAGCAGCAUCGUUCCUGCCACUGGAGACUCUUACGUUAACCAUGCUAAAAAAUGUUCUUCAGGGGAAGUUUCUUGGGAAGCAAGACAACUAGAUGUAAAUAGUAUCAAUGUGACUGCUGACACAAGCCAGUCUGGUCUCCAUGAAUCAAAACAGUGGGAUGUGGAUUCUGGUGGGAUGACUGAAGAGCACCUUGGGAAAAGAAGUUGUAAAAGAAUUUUCGAAUUAGUUGACUCCAGUCCUCAUCAGGGAAUUAUACCAAAUAAAAAAAGUUGCUUCGAGUAUGAGCAUAAUAAUGAAAUGACAGAUUGUUAUGCAAAUCAAAGGACAGGCCUGACAGUUGAAGUCCAGGACCUUAAGCUGUUGGUAUACAGAGAUCAUCAAAAUGACUGUGUGAAUAAAGAGCAUGUGGGCAGUUCUUUUACUGAUAAACACCAAACCCCAGAAAAAUCGUCUGUCCCAAUGAUAGAAAAAAACCUUAUGUGUGAGCUGGAUGACGAUUGUGACAAGAAUAGUAAGAAGGACUACUUAAGUUCUAGUUUCCUAUGUUCUGAUGGUGAUAGAACUCCUAAAAGUAUUCACAUGGACUCUGAUUCAUCUUUUCCUGGAAUUUCCAUCAUGGAAAGUCCGUUAGGAGGGCAGUCUUUAGAUCCAGAUAAAAACAUCAAAGAAUCCUCUUUGGAAGAAUCAAAUAUUGAAGACCUACUUCCUGUAUCACCCAGCUGCCAAGAAAGUACCUUGCCAAAAGGUGUUGAGUGUCCUACCAUCCAAGACAGCAACCAAAAAAUGUUGGCUCCUUCUUCAGAGGUCUUAAAACCAUUAACCUCUAAAAGAAAUGCUGUGGCAUUUCGGAGUUUUAACAGUCACAUUAAUGCUUCCAAUAGCUCCGAACCUUCUAAGAUGAGCGUCACUUCUUUAGAUGUGAUGGAUAUUUCGUGUGCCUAUAGUGGGUCAUAUCCCAUGGCUAUCACCCCUACUCAGAAAGAAAGAUCCUACAUGCCAUAUCAGCAGACCCCAAAUCAGGUCAAAUCAGAAACUCCAUACCGAACUCCAAAGAGUGUGAGAAGAGGGGCAGCCCCAGUGGAUGACGGUCGAAUCCUGGGAACGCCGGACUACCUCGCGCCCGAGCUGCUGUUAGCCAGGGCCCAUGGUCCUGCAGUAGACUGGUGGGCCCUUGGAGUUUGCUUGUUUGAAUUUCUAACAGGAAUUCCCCCUUUCAAUGAUGAAACACCACAGCAAGUAUUCCAGAAUAUUCUGAAAAGAGAUAUCCCUUGGCCUGAAGGUGAAGAAAAGUUAUCUGAUAAUGCUCAAAGUGCUGUGGGCAUACUCUUAACCAUUGAUGAUACAAAGAGAGCAGGAAUGAAAGAGCUGAAACAUCAUCCUCUCUUCAGUGGUGUGGAUUGGGAAAAUCUACAGCAUCAAAAAAUGCCAUUCAUACCCCAACCAGAUGACGAGACAGAUACAUCUUAUUUUGAAGCCAGGAAUAAUGCUCAGCACCUGACUGUAUCUGGAUUUAGCCUUUAGCUUUAAUCUGUUAAAUUGUUCCCUUUAAUCUAACCUUGCCUUAUAGCAUGAGCUAGCAUAAUUAAUAAUUACAUACACCUUAGUACUAGAUUGAUGUAAGCAGGAAAAAUCAUUAUUUUACCUGGAUCAGCAAGCUUUUCAUGUAUGUUAUAGCUUCCACAGCAUUAAAAAGGCUAUCAAGGAUGUAAUCAGUAAUUUAUCUUAGUCUCAGAGUUGUAAAUAGAUCUUCAAAGCUUUUUUCAUCUUAUUUAUUUUGUUAUUGCACUUUAUAAAAAUUAAUGCUUCAGUAAAACUAUUAGAAACAUGACCUCUUUAGAGAAAGAGUAAGCCUCGAGCUUGAUUUUCUUUCUCAUCUGUUCAUGUCGGUCUACCAUUCAUUUGGUGUUAACACAACAAAAACAUUAUAGUUUUAUUUUAUUGUAAUUUAUCUGUACUUGAUUGCCUGCAAAAGCUAUAGUCUUGAGGGCAAUCAUGUAAAGCUAUCAUUGUGGCCUCAAAAAUGCAACUAGAAAAUUCCUUUACUCAGUACUAUAACUCCUUUUGGGAAUGAGAAAUAAAAGGAUUAGGGUUUUGCCUCACUUUGCUUUGAAUACAGUUUUGUUGCAUUGGCUGCUUCUGGUGCUUUCUCUACAAUACAGAUUACUUUAAAAUAGUAGUAGAAAGCUUAGGUGAGAUAUACUGUAGCAAUUUUAACAGGUUGUUCAAUUUUAACAAAAAACGUGAUGGUUUACAUUUCUAAAUAAUUCAUUUAAAACAUAUGCAGCAUUACCAGAGUAGCCUGAUUCUUUUUUAAAAAAAUAACUUAACUUUCACUUAAUAAAUAUAAUUGUAACAUACUUUGAUACAUUCUCUGUCAACAUCACUCUUUUCAAUACAGAUACAGCUUCAAAAGUCAUAUCUUAAAUUCAUUGAGGUUUUCUGCAUACUUACCCACCAAAAGAGAAAAAUUCAAAUUUAAAUGUACCAUGUGUAAAUUUUCUGUUAAUAUAUUAAAUACUGUUGCUCAUUUUGCAAAA